AGCAACAUUCAGAAGAAUAGAAAUGAAACCACAUGAAACACAGGAUCCAAACUUAUCUGAAUAGUAGUAGCCUAAAGAAAGAAACUCUAAAGACACUGACGUUUGACAAGAUCACCGGAAACACACCAUAGUACCAGCUCUCUGUGGAAAUUUCUCGCUGAAACCUGGGGCAGGAUAAACACGGCAGAGGGAGACAGGCAGUCGCUUUGCCUUUCCAAGCUAGUGUAUCUAUCUCUUAGCUUCGGACUACACCCGGUAUCACUGAUUUUUUCGACGGGCAGAGAAGCUGCAGAAUUGCGGAAUUGCAAAAGGGUUCUAAUGACAUCUGGAACGGCGGUGGAGUUGGUCACGCCUGCUGCGCUCGUAGAGUAGCUAGCCAACUAGCCACCGCUGUAACUUCUUUUUUUUCCAGUAGCGUCGUUGCUAGCAAUGGAUGCGCUGUGGAUGGUCCUGCUGCUGGUGGUCCCAGCACUACUAUGGACCAGCAGCACGUUUGUUUUUUAUUUUAAAAAGUGUUUCUACGUGGCUUAUAUGAUGAUACUGGCUGUUAUAGCAAUACCACUCAGCAUUCUGAAAAGCGGUGGUAGGGAUAUUGAAAACAUGAGGAUCAUUCGCUCCCUGGUCCGUCAUGUGAAGUACUUCCUGGGUCUGCGCUUUGAGGUGAGCGGCUGGGAGCACCUGCAGACAGAGGGGCCCUACGUCAUCAUUUCCAACCACCAGAGUUCCCUGGACGUGCUGGGUAUGAUGGAGGUCCUGCCCGACCGCUGCUCCAUGAUCGCCAAGAAGGAGUUGAUCUAUGCCGGCACAGUGGGCCUGGUAUGCUGGCUGGGCGGCAUCGUCUUCAUCAACCGCAAAAAGACCAGUGAUGCCAAGAGCGUUAUGGCUGAUGCUGCCAAAACCAUGAUGGAUGAGAAGAUUCGCCUGUGGGUGUUUCCUGAGGGGACGAGGAACCAGAAGGGAGACCUGCUGCCUUUCAAGAAGGGAGCGUUCCACCUGGCUGUUCAAGCACAGGCCCCCAUCAUACCGAUCGUGUUCUCUUCCUACAGCAACUUCUACCUGCGGAAGGAAAAGGAGUUCAAGUCAGGCACUAUCACUUUGAAGAUCCUGCCCAAGAUCGAGACCAAGGGACUUACCACGGACGAUGUGUCAACUCUGACCGACCAGUCAUACGCCCUCAUGCACUCUGCCUUCCUCGAGAUCUCUGGCCCUAGGAAGCAGAGCAACGGGCCGUCCAGUCACUGAACAUUGCGCUGCCCCCAAGCCCUCUGACCCCUCUCCCUCCCCCCUCUCUUAACUCACCCCCUCCCCCCGUUCCAUCUGCCUACCUGUCACCCUGGCAACGCCAAGAACCUCUGCAGUGACUCAUGACUCCAUGUGACAGUAAUGACUGUAACCAAAAUUGCUUUCAGUGUCCUAUCUUUUGGUCUUCUUGACGCAGGAUCGUACGCACAGUGUCACACACACACCCUCUCACGCACACACACACACACACACACACACACACACACACACACACACACACACACACACACACCCUCGUACAGAUAAAUAACUUAAGCCUCUCUAUCCUGUUGCUUCAUGGACUCAUGAAUAUGGGAGGGGAGGUGAAGGGGUUGAGAUGAUGUCACUUCCCACAUGGAAGGGGGAGGAAUGGGGGGCCGGCCCAGCGGUGACCCCUGGCCUCUAAAAACGUUCUGCUUCCUGGUCCGACUAGGCCCUGCCGCAGAGCGAGGUCCAGGAGCCCCCGUGGGAUCGUGGGAGUUGGCGGACGACACCCCUGCACUGCAUGCCUUCCUCUGCCAUGCCGCCUUCUGCCCAGUGCUCUGCUUCAGCAGUUUAUUUUGUGUAUGUUUUUAUUAUUAUUAUUAUUAUUAUUAUUGUUUAGUUUCAAGUUUUUCUUUCUUUUCGCUUUUUUGUUGUUGUUAUUGUGCUUUGGCCAAUUUGCUCACAUCUCCUAUAGAUGAAGCACCAACUGUCUGAGAUCCAGCCUCCGCCUUACAGUUAUGAGCACACACACACACACACACACACACCCAUAUACACCCCCCCCCCCCUACACACACUUACAUACAAAACACGUACUCAUACGCAUACAAAGAGGAAAGGCUUCCAAGUUUGAUGUGUGAGUGGAAAACACGUGCACACACACACACUGCUCCGACACUGCUCCUCUGAACUAAUGUACCAUGUAUCCAAUGUUGAACAUUGACGGUGUAAAACUAUGAAAAUUAUUUAUACUGCUGACAUCAAAUUUGAUAUCUCAAAUCUGCUGUUUUUCUUCAGGCGGUCAAGUGAGACACAGUGUGUGGUGGACAUGCAGUUUCUCUCUGUAAAUGUAUUAUUUUUCUUUAUGCAUUUCUAUGUCUGUGAAUCCCCAUUCACAAACACAAUGUGUCAAAAAGGUGUUUUCCAUGAAGUGCACUGUUCUGCUUAACACUCGUUUGAUGGGGACAGAAUUCCAGUUACACGAAUGUCUACAAAGAACCAGUUUAGUCCUUUAUGCUAAAUGCUUGUUUUUUUUGUGUUUUGUUUGUUUUGCUAGAAGUUUCCAUCGGUUCUGUUCUUUUGUUGUUAAUUUAUCUAGUAUUAAUUUGUGGAGAUUCUAAAGAGGAGUUGAUCAAUAAGUUAUGGAGACGUGAUCUUCAUGAAAAGUCUUUUGUUGCAUGUGACCUGCGUGUAUGGGAUUGAAAAAGGCGCUGAUUGUGAACAGCCAAAAAGUUGAACUAGUUUCUCACAAGCCUUGGUUUAUAUAGAUCUUUCAUUGAUGAUGACAGAAAAAGACCUCAAACUCUUCGUACUUGAUCUUGAGUUGAUUGUGAUUGGUGGAGAGUAGGUCUUGAUGGCUAGAUACAUCUUUCCUUUUGUCGCUGCUUCUGAUUGGUUGAGACACUUGGGUGUGAUCGCACCAGAUUGUCAUUUUGGGGCCGUAAAGCUAUCAUUAUAAUUGAUUAAAAUUGCUUUGUUAGAGGCACAUGUGGAUUAAUGAUCAACAGCAUCUGGUAUUGACAUCUGUAUUCUAUACAGAUGAUGAGUUGUUAAUGUAAAGGCCUUCCAUCCGAGCUAGGUGGAGCUUCAGCCGCAGUGAUGAUGUUUUACAGGGGGGUUUUUUUUGGAUGUUUUGUGCGCAUUUGCGUCAUUUGAUUGGUCAGAAGUAAAUGUGUUUUAAAUUAGUGUUUUAAAAAUCCGAAUAGCUAGCAGCUCACUGUGAGGUUCUGCCAUGGUCCUCCGCUUCCUCAGCGAGAAUGUAUCUCAACAUCUGUAGUGUGUGUGUGUGUGUGUGUGUGUGAGGGAGAGAGAUCAGACAGAGUGAGAAUGUAUUUUACUAUCUGUGUGAGUGUAUGUGUGUGUGAGAUCAUGUUCUUGCUUCUUGAGACACACAGGCUAUUUUUUUCAUAAAGCCAUUUCAUUUCAGCUGUUUCUCUUAGUGUGGUGGUAGAAGGUAGUUUGGCCUGCUGGUCCCUUACCCGUAAAGGAGUUAUCUCAACUUUGUGAUGAGGGUCAGAGGUUGUGGUCAGUCAUCUCACCUUGAGGAAGUUUGUAAUAUUUGAAAAAAAAAAAAAAAAAAAAAAAGAAUAUAUAUAUAUAUAUAUAUAUAUAUAUAUAUAUAUAUUUGUAAAUUUAAAAAAAAACUUUUUUUUUCACAUUUGUUGAAUGUUGUGGCAUCCUAAAAGUGUCUAAGGCAACUCAUCUGUGCUGUUUGCCCAGUGCCCAGGUGCAGCUUAAGUCUUUCCAUCGUGUGAUUUGCUACAGACCUACUUGACUGAAUUAUGGUGUUGACAAAUUAUUUUGUUUUGUUUUUUUUCUCCAGCUCCACAUAUGAACUCAUAGGCGAGUGAUUUUUUUAGUCUUUCCUGGCUCAGUUUCAGUGGAAGAUUUGUCAAUGAAGUUGUGUAAAUGUUUAUUCAUCACUUCUAAACCCUUAAGCUCUUAAGUACCACUUAAUUAAGGCUAUCUGGAUGUAGGCAGUCUUGGUAAGGCUAUGUCAAAUGUCUAUCCUUAUGGUUGUGAGUGAAGUGGCAGUGUGCAUUGUACUAAUUCAAUUCUAAUUAAAUUAUAAGUUUAACUCCCCAGAUAUUCAUAUUGGCCUCAGUAUACAGAUUAGGCAUUACAUUAAUAUGUAAACUCCUGAUAUAUAUUAACAAAGCACUUUUAGCAUAGAAUUUGGAUUUAACAUUAUUUGUAAAGGGAACAUUGUAAUGUGGCAAAAAUGUGUAAAAUAUGAUUUUUUUUCACCAAAGCUAUUAAAUUGUACACUGGUGGAAGCUUUAGAUUUAUUAUGGAAAAAUAAAUAAAUAAAUGCAAAAAUGUGACAAGUGUCUAUCUGACAUCUUACAUAUCUUUGUGUGUGGGAACAUGUGUGUAUGUGUGGCCCAUGAUUUGUGUGGGUGUGUGUGUCUGCGUGUGUGUUUUUAAGUUUGCACAUGCAAACACAUGAAUUAAAAAAGCCCAUUGUAAAGUCUGGUUCUAUUUAAGAUGUAGUGUUCUGGAAUGGCACAGAAUCUGGAUUCAACCUGUCUGAAGAAUGCCUUGGGAAAGAGAAAAUAAAUUUAAUUCUUUUUUCCUA